CCUAACCAGAAUAUAAAGAAAUCCUAUACAUGGAUUACAAAAGAGACGUUACCUUCCCGUACUCUCCCUCUCCCACCUAUUCACACACUCUUCAGCCACAACCAGAAACUGCAAAAGAAAAUGUUACUAUAUUCUUCGCCGUCUCUUAAUUCCUUUCUCUUGAACUCCAAUUCCAACUCCAAUUUCUUAUCGAAAAAUCACAAAUCGCUAAAGUCCGCUCCUCAAACACUGCGAGUUGUUAACAACAACGAUGUGGACGCGUUUACGGAGAAGUCCGGUUACUUGUUCAAGCUUAGUAGCAGCGAAGCAGAUUCUUUAAAUGAUUAUGAUCUUAAAAAGAUCGCUGCGAUUUAUAAGAGAAAACCGUUCAUUUUGCUUCGCAGAUUGUUUCAAAUCGGUUCCACUUUUGGCAGGUGGUUGGCGGCUCGUUAUAUUGAUAGUAUUACUGAGAAAUCUGAUCUGAUGUUCAAGAUUAGAGCUGCAGAGCUUCGACAAAUAUUGCUUGAACUUGGACCUGCUUACAUAAAAAUUGCUCAGGCUGUUUCGUCUCGACCUGAUUUGAUACCACCAUCAUAUCUGGAUGAACUAUCACUGUUGCAAGAUAGAAUAGCUCCAUUUUCUACAGAAGUUGCUUUAAAUACAAUAGAACAGGAACUUGGAUUACCAAUAGACAUGAUUUUCUCUGAGAUUUCGCCGGAGCCUACAGCUGCGGCAUCCCUUGGACAGGUCUACCAAGCAAGGCUUCGUAGUAAUGGACAAGUUGUUGCUGUUAAGGUUCAGAGGCCAGGCGUACAAGCUGCUAUUUCCCUAGACAUCUUAAUAUUGCAUUUUAUGGCAGGAGUGGUAAAGAAAGCAGGCAGAUUUAAUUCUGAUCUUCAGGCAGUUGUUGAUGAGUGGGCAUCGAGUCUUUUUCGGGAGAUGGACUAUAUUAAAGAAGCAAAAAAUGGACUAAAGUUUAGAAAGCUGUAUGGUGGUAUAGAAGAUGUCUUGGUUCCAUAUAUGUAUUUGGAGAACACAACUCGUAAGGUCCUUGUAAUGGAAUGGGUUGAGGGGAAAAAGUUGUCUGAAGUGAAGGAUCUUUACUUGGUUGAGGUAGGAGUUUACUGCUCGUUUAAUCAACUUCUGGAGUACGGAUUCUAUCAUGCCGAUCCACAUCCUGGAAACCUUCUUCGAACAUCCAAUGGGAAAUUAGCUUAUAUUGAUUUUGGUAUGAUGGGUGAAUUUAACCAAGAAUUCCGUGAUGGAUUUAUUGAAGCUUGUCUUCAUCUUGUAAACCGUGAUUUUGAUGCGCUGGCCAAGGAUUUUGUAACACUUGGAUUUCUUCCGCCAACUUCAGAUAAGGAGGGGGUUACAAAAGCUUUAACAGGUGUUUUCCAAAAUGCUGUUGCUAAAGGAGUCAGCAAUAUAAGUUUUGGAGACCUUUUGGGAAAUUUGGGAACUACCAUGUACAAGCUCAAAUUUCAAAUUCCUUCAUAUUUUUCUCUUGUCAUCCGGAGUGUUGCAGUUUUGGAAGGCAUUGCUAUCGGUUUUAAUCCAAAUUACAAAGUUUUGGGUAGCACAUAUCCAUGGAUUGCUAGAAAAGUACUGACGGACAGCUCACCACAGUUGAGGUCAUCUUUGCAAGCUCUUCUUUAUGAGAAAGGUGUUUUCAGAAUUGAUCGUCUAGAGUCACUGCUUUCAGAGUCCCUUCGUGCCAGAACAGAGAAGGCCUUGGUUAAAAGCCAAUUAGAGGACAAUGACUCCAAAGUGGCUGUCAAGCAAAUCCUUUCCUUCACGUUAACAGAGAAGGGUGCCUUUGUGAGGGAAAUACUCCUUCAAGAAAUUGCUAAGGGUUUGGAUGCAUUUGGGCUAGCAACUCUUGAUUAUUUAACUUCUAUGGCUAACACAAGCAUUCCUUUUGCUGCUUCCUCUUCCUCUUCAAUGACUGAAGAAGACAUGAUGAACUUGAGAACCUUCCGCCGGCUUAUGUUAAUCCUUUCAGGUUUCCAAAAGAAUGGAGGCUCGCCCAUGGAACUGAAAAGGACCGUCCCAUCCAAGAAUCAAAACAUGCACUCGGAGGAAGCAUCACUUAUCUUUUAUCAAUUUCCAUCAGUUGAGGAGAUUCUGCCCAUCCUUUCUGCUAUCCCUGAGCUUCCACCAGAAUUGCAACAGCAGUUACUUCUCUUGCCGGCUGAUCUGGCUGGAAGGUUGAUUUCCCGUGUCACUGCCAGGACCAUCAGGAGGUUGUUUCUUUGAUUUCAAUUUAAUUAAGGGAAAGCGUGAGGAGAUAUCCGUAUGUUUUUCUCGUCUCUGACAGCUACUUUCACAGAAAAUUAAACCACAUAAAAAAUCUUACGAGAUAGAGGAUGGCUGAUAUUCUUGAAAA